CCCCCCCCCUUCCCCUCUUGACUCGAGAAAAGGGCAAACCAGCCCCAGCUGCCGGCGCCGAGGUUCAUCAGCUCCUCCGCGCAAGCAGCAGCUGAUCCGCAGCCACGAAAGAGGUCUGGUUUCGUAGCCCUUCCCAAUCUUCUGCCAUGAAGAGCCGCUCCGAUCCGUCGGACGGAGGCGACGAUCCCCGGACGAUGCCCACUGGUGCCACGGUCGACGGCGGCUCGAGCGAGCCGAGUAAGAAGCAGCGGACGGAGGAGCCGUCCCCCAGCUCGAGCGGGGCGGGGGAGUGCUCGUCCUCCCGGGCUCCGCCGCAGCCGCCGCAGCGGGAGCAGCAGCCCCCGCCGGACGCUGACGCCGGAGGGGGCGACGAGCAGGCGAGGUUGCCAGAUCUCGGGGAGGACCUGGUUUUCGAGGUGCUGCGACGGGCGGAGGCGCGGACGCUGGCGGCGGCGUCGGGCGUGAGCCGGGGGUGGCGGCAGCUGGCGCGGGACGAGCGGCUGUGGGAGGCGGCGUGCGUGCGGGAAUGGGCGAACCUUGGCUUCUCGGAGCAGAUGCUUCGCAGGGUCGUGCUUUCGCUCGGCGGUUUCCGCCGCCUGCACGAGCUCUACAUCCGCCCGCUCCAGCGGCGUGGUGCUGGCGCACCGCGCAGGCAGUGGGGGCGGCAGGUGCCGGUGAGGAUGGGCCGGGACCAGGUUCAAGUCUCGUUAUCUCUGCUCUCGACAUCGUUCUUCCAGAAGAUGCCUAAUGCUCCUCCUGCUCCUAAGAAAGACAAGGAUAACGAUAGCGAUAAGAGUGGAGGUGGCCAGUGCGGGUGAUCAAGUUUGCGAAAAAUAGCAAGUGUAUCUCCCAAACAGCAUCACCACAAGCAGCCUAUGCAAUCGCUAUGCGGCCUGGAGACCUAAUAAUCGAUUCUUCUUGCCACUGGGCUGACUGGAGAUGCUAGAGGGGUGGUGAGGCAGAGAUAGCAGAGUUUUGGGGCUGUUGAUAAGGGACACAGGGAGAUGGAGUUGUGCAAGGUCGGAUUUUUUUUUUUGUCUUUUUUACUACAUUUGUAAGAGUUUUAAGGUUGAUAAUCACUUAGACUAGUGGCCACAGAAGACUAUGUGGAUAGGUGCGUAUGUCUUGAUGGGCAGACAAUCUACCAUGAGAGGCAUGGAGCAAAUAUGUGUCAAGAGUGCAGCGCCGUGCCCUAUGUACUGUCUUGCCAUGGCAUUUGUCAACUCUCCAUGGGUCAGAGGGCAUGCUGAGGCGAGCUUUUCUUUGGCUUGCAAGCUUAUUUUCACUCCCAUGGAAAGGGAAAUGACUUUACCUGUUUGAGCACAA